GAGACUAGCCGGUGUUUACAAGGAAAGAUCACCGAUAAGAUAGCAAAAGAUCAGUGAAAGUGACUCGUCUCUAACUCAUUUCUGGCCGGGCCUCGAGUACUCUCUCCACCAUCUACUUGAGCGCAAAAUCUUCGAUCUCCAAGUCUUCGCGCACAACAACUUCGAGCACGGAACAAGAACACUAUGGCGGAACCGGUAGCUCCCCCAACUCCUCCACCGGAGGGAACCGAGGCCAAGGGCCCGUCCAAAAACGAACUGAAGAAAAAAGCUAAGGAGGCGGAAAAGGCGAAGAAGGCUGCAGAGAAGGCUGCCAAACAAGCAGAGCUGGCCGCUCAGCAAGCGGCUGCAGAGGAUGACUUCGCCAAGGAGUUCUAUGGCAAAUUACCCCUUAACCAGUCCUCCUCCCGUCCCCGCCGCACGCGGCACCAGAUCAAAGACCUCUCAGAGUCUUUGGAUGGACAGACUGUGCUUUUGCGAUGCCGUAUACAAACAUCUCGCGCGCAGGGGAACAAGAUGGUGUUCCUCAACCUGAGGCAGAGGACUGAUUCGGUGCAGGCCGUGUUGACAGUGAAACAAGGCGAGGUCAGUAAGCAGAUGGCAAAGUGGGCCGCUGGUCUUUCCAUGGAGAGUAUUGUGCUUGUGGAGGGAGUGGUGAAGAAGGCUCCGGAGAUAAUCAAGAGUGCCACCAUCGGGGAUGUCGAAAUCCACAUCACUCAGCUGCACCUAGUGUCUGGUAUCGAGGGUCGACUACCAUUCACGCUCGAGGAUGCCUCAAGACCCGACGCUGAAGUUGAGACAUCCGAAACACAGCUCAACCGUGUCCUCCUAGAGACCCGACUCAACAACCGCGUGGUCGACUUGCGGACGCAAACCAAUCAAGCAGUCUUCAAGCUGCAGCAUGGCAUCGGAGCCCUCUUCCGCGAAUACUUGGAAAGCAACGGUUUCACUGAGAUCCACACGCCAAAGCUGCAGGGUGCGGCGACGGAGUCUGGUGCAUCUGUAUUCAAAGUAAACUACUUCAAGGGUGACGCCUUCCUCGCGCAAUCUCCUCAACUUGCCAAGCAGAUGGCCAUCGCUGCCGAUUUUGAGCGUGUCUACGAAAUCGGCCCCGUCUUCCGCGCAGAGGAUUCCAACACGCAUAGGCACAUGACCGAGUUCGUCGGACUCGAUCUGGAGAUGGCAAUCGAGGAGCACUACCACGAAGUCCUGGAGCUCCUGGACAAUCUCUUCCUGUCGAUCUUCCGCGGUCUGAGGCAGAAGUACUCGAAGGAGAUCGAGGCGGUUAGGAAGCAGUUCCCCGCGGACGAGUUCAAGUGGCGCGAGGGCCCUGAGGGGACGCUGAAAUUGACGUUCAAGGAGGCGACUGACCUGUUGGCGGAGGACGGUGUCCCGAGGGAGGUGUUGGACGAUAUCAAUACGGAGAACGAAAAGAGGCUUGGGCGGAUCGUAAAGGCCAAGUACGAUACCGACUACUUCAUCAUUGACAAGUUCCCCAUGGAGCUCCGUCCAUUCUACACUAUGCCGGACCCUAAUGACCCGACGCUGUCCAACUCUUACGACUUCUUCAUGCGAGGCGAGGAAAUCCUUUCGGGCGCACAACGUAUCCACGAUCCCAAUCUUCUCAUCGCGCAGAUGAAGAAGAAAGGUAUUGAACCCGAGUCCAUGAAACACUACGUCGAGGCAUUCAGGAUGGGAUGCCCGCCGCACGGCGGAGGAGGUAUCGGUCUGGAGCGGGUGCUGAUGCUCUUCCUGAAGCUGAACAACAUCAGGAGAGCAUCGAUGUUCCCGAGGGACCCGAAGAGGUUGGAGCCGUAAAGUGCAGUCCCAACGUCAAUCACAAUGUAUUACGGCUUACAGCUGCGUUGUACGAGUGGAGAGUAGAAAUGAAACUGUAUUUCUCUUGCAAUCUGGACUGGACGCCUAAUGUCAG